CGCAGAGGAAGGUUCUGUCGAGGUCGAUAUUUACAAUGGGUCCACAACUGAAAUUUCUAGCGCGGCCUCAGCUGGUGUGCUCGCAGCCAAUAUGCUUCCGGACAUCCUUCACAAUCUUCCCAUUGUCACGAUGCUUCUCUACAACUUCACCAGCGUUUGACUGGCUCACACCGAAAUUUAUGGAGAAGUCGAAGUCGCCUAAGGGUCGCCCACAUGUCGCUACUGGAGGCUCGUCUCGUGGUACAACAGUCGUCUGGGGAGAUUACGGGCUGCGCAUGAAAGACCAUGACCGCCGACUACCCGCUGCAUCGCUGAAAAUCGCGGAGGAGACCAUUAAGAGGCGUCUAAGAGGAAUGAACUAUACACUAUACAAGCGCGUAAGCGCCAAUAUCGGUGUCUACACCAAGGGCAACGAGCAACGUAUGGGUAAGGGUAAGGGAAAGUUCGACUACUGGACUGCCAGGGUCCCCGUGAGCAGGAUUGUCUUUGAGCUCAAGGGAGAUAUUCACGAAAAGAUUGCCCGAGAAGCCUUCCGGUUGGCUGGCCAUAAGUUGCCUGGACUCUGGGAGUUCGUCAAAAACGGCGAUCCUCCCGUUGUUGGCAUAACAAAACUCGGAAAUGGUGUGACUUUGGAAAGCUUGAAGCGGGCACGCAGAGAUCCUCCUCUUGGGACAAACAAUUUACCCACGUCUCCCAGUUCCACCUCCUCUAGCCCCUCUGCUUCUCAAUAAGCCAAGGAAUCUCUCACUCACCUUCCACCAUGCUCCCCCUUCUCACUCCCCCGGGGUUUUUUCGGCGUCUAAGCCCCGACUCCCGAACCAGGCCCAUACCCUUGUUCUCUCCUUGUUUUAGCAGCAUCGUCUUGGGGAUCGACCUUCAGGUAUCAUGUAUAUUAUCAUCAGCCUCAGGCUCUAUUUAUUUCCAUUGUAUCCCAUAAAGGAGUUUGAUAGAAAGAAAGGAUAUUCACCGAUUCUCUGUUUGUAUAGCCAGAGAUACCAGACGUGGACACCCCGAGCUCAAGUUUCCGUACCUCCCUUUCCUCUUCCGCCACCUCCCUCAACUC